AUGCCGCAUGAGACCCUUGUCAAAGUGCCAUUCUGCCACGACCCGCAGAAAAGGGGACUCCACCAACAAUCGAGAUCGCUGCAGGUGAACAUACCCUUGCGAAUGCUGAACGCUGAUUGGGUCUGUCGUAUCAAAGGUCAAAUCGCAAAAUGGCGCAGCGCAGCCAUGCCAGCAAUCAAACGCUCCCCCAGAUCUAAGAUCUGCGACUGCGACUGCGUGUCUUUCUCGUCCUGGGAGGAGAAGGACAGGUUGCAGGCUGGCUGGCUUGUAGCCUGUUACGAGGACGGUUCUUUUGAAUAA